GGAGAGUUGAGCGCUUUUCCCCCCUCUUUUUUUUUUCUUUUUUUUUUCUCCUCUUCUUCUUAAACAAACCACAAACGGAUGUGAGGGAAGGAAGGUGUUUCUUUUACUCCUGAGUCCAGACACCUCUCUCCGUUCUGUCUAAGCUUGUUUGGCUGAACACUUUUUUUGAAAAAAAAAAAAAAAGAGGCAAAGAAAAGGAGUUGCUUGAUGUGAGAGUGAAAUGGACGUAAGAUUUUAUCCACCUCCAGCCCAGCCCGCCGCUGCGCCCGACGCUCCCUGUCUGGGACCUUCUCCCUGCCUGGACCCCUACUAUUGCAACAAGUUUGACGGUGAGAACAUGUAUAUGAGCAUGACAGAGCCGAGCCAGGACUAUGUGCCAGCCAGCCAGUCGUACCCUGGGCCAAGCCUGGAAAGUGAAGACUUCAACAUUCCACCCAUCACCCCUCCGUCCCUCCCCGACCACUCGCUGGUGCACCUGAACGAAGUCGAGCCUGGCUACCACUCUCUCUGUCACCCCAUGAACCACAAUGGCCUGCUCCCGUUCCACCCGCAAAACAUGGACCUCCCCGAAAUCACCGUGUCCAACAUGCUGGGGCAGGACGGCGCGCUGCUUCCCGGCUCCAUCUCCGUGAUGCAAGAUAUACGGAACCCGGAAGGAACUCAAUACAGCUCCCAUCCUCAGAUGGCAGCCAUGAGACCAAGGGGUCAGCCCGCAGACAUCAGGCAGCAGCCAGGAAUGAUGCAGCACGGCCAGCUGACCACCAUCAACCAAUCCCAGCUAAGUGCUCAGCUUGGAUUGAACAUGGGAGGGAGCAGCGUCCCCCACAACUCACCGUCUCCUCCCGGAAGCAAGUCCGCGACUCCAUCACCAUCCAGUUCAGUGCAUGAGGAUGAAGGCGAUGAUACCUCUAAGAUCAAUGGUGGGGAGAAGCGGCCCGCCUCUGACAUGGGGAAAAAACCAAAAACCCCCAAAAAGAAGAAGAAGAAGGACCCCAACGAGCCCCAGAAGCCUGUGUCUGCCUACGCGCUGUUCUUCCGCGACACUCAGGCCGCCAUCAAGGGCCAAAAUCCAAAUGCUACCUUCGGUGAAGUCUCCAAAAUUGUGGCUUCGAUGUGGGACGGUUUGGGAGAAGAGCAAAAACAGGUCUAUAAAAAGAAAACAGAGGCUGCAAAGAAGGAGUACCUGAAGCAACUGGCAGCAUACAGAGCCAGCCUUGUAUCCAAGAGCUACAGCGAGCCCGUGGACGUGAAGGCGUCGCAGCCGCCGCCGCUGGUCAACUCCAAGCCCCCGGCCGUGUUCCCGGGGCCCAGCCAGGCCCACUCAGCUCUGUACCUAAGCUCCCACUACCACCAGCAGCCCGGAAUGAGCCCUCACCUCACCGCCAUGCACCCCAGCCUCCCCAGGAGCAUAGCCCCCAAGGCCAGUAACCAGAUGCCAGUGACUGUGUCUAUAGCGAACAUGGCCGUGUCCCCCCCUCCCCCGCUGCAGAUCAGCCCGCCUCUGCACCAGCAUCUCAACCUGCAGCCGCACCAGCCGCUCAGCAUGCAGCAGCCCCUCGGGAACCAGCUCCCCAUGCAGGUCCAGCCCGCCUUACACUCCCCGACCCUGCAGCAGGGAUUUAAUCUGCAACCCGACUAUCAGACUAUAAUCAACCCUACAUCUACAGCUGCGCAAGUGGUCACCCAGGCCAUGGAGUACGUGCGCUCCGGGUGCAGAAAUCCGCCCGCCCAGCCGGUGGACUGGAAUAGCGACUACUGCAGCAGUGGAGGCGUGCAGAGGGACAAAGCACUGUACCUCACCUGAGAAUCUGAACACCUCCUCUUUCCACUGAGGCAUUCAGGGAAGUCUUUCCGCCGCGGGUUGCUUUGCGCCGCCAGGCAGCCCUCCGUCUGAUUAGAAAAUUCAAGUUGCUGAGCACUUAGGACCAUUUGAGCUCGUGGGUCCCCCACUCUGGAAGAAAUAGUCAUGCUUCUUUAUUAUUUUUUUAAUCCUUUCUGGACGCUGUUUCCCCUCGCCCUGAAGGAGGCGUGGGCCGCCCCGGUUUUGUGUUGGGUUUGCUGUGAAGUGCUGCCAUAGUCCUGCCUUAGCGACUGUAGACGUCCCGGGUGAAGCCCGGCUUUCCCAGUGGUUUUCAUAAUGGGUGUUUAUAUGAAACUACUAAAGACUUUUUAAAUGGCUUGAUGUAGCAGUCAUAGCAGGUUUGUAAAUGGCAUCUAUGUCACUCUCCUAGAGUAUAAAAUGUGAAUGUUUUUGUAGCUAAAUUGUAAUUUCAAACUGGCUCAUUCCAGUUUAUUGAUUUCACAAUAGGGGGUAAAUUGGCAAACAUUCAUAUUUUUACUUCGUUUUUAAAACAACUGACUAAUAGUUCUAUAUUUUCAAAAUAUUUGGAAAAAAACAUAUUCCCAAAUGAUUUUAAUUUCAAAAAAAAAUUGGCUUUGUCUCAUUGAUCAGACAAAAAGAGACCAUAUGAAGGGAAACGCAAACACAUUUAUUUUAUACUGCAAAAAAAAAUUGCUUUUUUGUAUCACUUUUUGUGUAAUGGUUAGUAAAUGUCAUUUAAGUCCUUUUAUGUAUAAAACUGCCAAAUGCUUACCUGGUAUUUUAUUAGAUGCAGAAACAGAUUGGAAACAGCUAAAUUAUAACCUUUAUGGCACUGUAUUAUUGUUUCUUCAUACUGUGUCUGUAUUUAAUCUUUUUUUAUGGAAACCGUUGCGCCUAUUUAUGAAAUAAUAAAUAUAGGUGUUUGUAAG